CAACAAACAAACAAACGUUCGAAGACAAGUAGGAGUAGUAGUCUGCUCUCUCUCUCUCUCUCUCAUUCUUCAAUUUCCAUUCCCAUUCGAAUCAAUCGCAUCUCGAGUAGGAGUACUAUCAACUACUCCUAUGUCGUUCUUCUUGGGCUUGGUGAUCGGGAUCACCGUCGGCCUCGCCCUCAUCGUCGCCUUCGUUCGCUCCGAGAACUCCAGAUCCCAGCGCCGCUCUCAACUCGCGACAACGAUUGCUGCGUUUGCGAGGAUGACAGUGGAAGAUUCCAGAAAGAUCCUUGCGCCCGAAUACUACCCCUCUUGGGUCGUCUUCUCACAGCAGCAGAAGUUGACAUGGCUUAACCUUCAUUUAACGAAGAUUUGGCCGUAUGUUAAUGAGGCAGCAUCUGAGCUUAUAAAGACAAAUGUUGAACCAGUUCUUGAACGAUAUAGGCCAGCCAUACUAUCCUCUUUGAAAUUCUCAAAGUUCACUCUUGGUACCAUUGCCCCGCAAUUUACAGGUGUUUGCAUUAUAGAAGACGGAGGUGGUGGUAUUACUAUGGAGUUAGAGAUGAAUUGGGACGGGAAUCCAAGUAUAGUACUUGAUAUUAAGACCAGACUCGGCGUAGCACUACCUGUGCAGGUGAAAGAUAUUGGAUUCACUGGGGUUUUCAGAUUGAUCUUUAAGCCGCUAGUUGAUGAGUUCCCUUGCUUUGGAGCUAUAUGUUAUUCUUUACGGAAAAAGAAAAAGUUGGAUUUCACGCUUAAAGUUAUCGGUGGCGAUAUUAAAGCAAUUCCUGGCCUUUCUGAUGCUAUUGAGGGGACCAUUCGUGAUGCUGUUGAAGAUUCUAUUACAUGGCCAGUACGGAAAAUUGUUCCUAUUUUGCCUGGAGAUUACAGUGACCUAGAGCUGAAGCCCGUUGGAGUUUUAGAGGUGAAACUUGUGCAAGCGAAAGAGUUGACAAAUAAGGAUCUCAUUGGGAAAUCUGAUCCUUUUGCUGUGCUAUACAUACGACCGCUACGUGAUAGAAUGAAAACUAGCAAAAUAAUUGGCAAUCAGUUGAAUCCUGUGUGGAAUGAACACUUUGAAUUUAUAGUUGAAGAUGUAUCCACACAAAACUUGGUGAUAAAAAUAUUUGACGAUGAAGGAAUUCAGGCAGCAGAAUUCAUUGGAUGUGCUCAACUACGGCUAAAUGAACUUGAGCCCGGAAAAGUAAAGGAUGUGUGGUUGAAGUUAGUUAAAGAUUUGGAUGUACAGAGAGAUAACAAAAACAGGGGUCAGGUGCACUUGGAGUUACUAUAUUGUCCUUAUGGCAUGAAUAAUGGAGUCAAAAACCCUUUUGAUUCCAACUUUUCAAUGACAUCGUUAGAAAGAGUUCUUAAAAGUGGUGCUGAAGAAAAGCAAGCUGCUGAAAAUGGAAUAGAGGCAAGACAGAGGAAAAAGGAAGUUAUUGUGAGAGGAGUACUUUCUGUUACUGUGAUAUCUGCUGAUGACUUGCCACCGGCAGAUCUAAUGGGGAAAGCUGACCCGUAUGUAGUGCUCACUAUGAAGAAAACAGGAAUGAAAAACAAAACCCGGGUUGUGAAUGAGAGUCUAAAUCCUGAAUGGAAUCAAACAUUUGACUUUGUCAUUGAAGAUGGACUGCACGAUAUGCUAAUUGUGGAAGUCUGGGACCAUGACACUUUUGGGAAGGAUUAUAUGGGGCGAUGCAUCUUGACACUGACUAGGGUCAUUAUGGAUGGGCAAUACAAAGGCAGCUUCCCAUUAGACGGGGCUAAAUCUGGAAAACUGAACUUGCAUCUCAAGUGGUCACCUCAACCAAUUUACCGUGAUUCAUAGCAGUCCCAAUUCUUACCCAAAUGCUACUCUUCGCUUGGGUGAUUUUUACUGGAACUCCACAAGACAAUACAAAGAACUCAGCUUGGGCGCCCUCAUGCACGAUGAUCGUCGGGUUGUCAAAAUGCUGUACGAGAAAACACUUGCUGCACAUAUUACUUUUACCAGAGAGUGGAGAGACUCUGUAAAGUUGCAGAAAAUUCUAUUGUAGAUUUUCCCCAUAAGAAAGAUAGUAAAUAAGGUCAGCUGCUGUAUGGUUAUAGGGAUUUAGGGGAAAUGAAGUAUGAGAGCGAGAUGGCCUAUUUUGUGGAUUUUUGUUUUCUACGUCUAAUGUCCAUAGAUUCUAUCUAGCUUCCUUGCACUUUUUUUUUUCUUUUUUUCUCAGCUUUGGAAAAUAUUGCUCGAAAUACUAUCCUUCUACUCUAUGUAGACUUUUGCUGUGUAUUAUUGUAAUGAGUACAUUAUGAACUAUUAUUAGUAUGUAUGUUCUUGUAA